CGCACUCUCGGUGCUGUCUAAUUAGGGCGCGCACUCUCGCGUAAAGGUGGAGGCUCGACUCGUCGACGCUGAGCGGCUCAGAGGAAACUUGUGCGAUGGAAACUUUGGCAAAUAUCGCUAAAUGUCUGUCACAUAGCUGAAAUAAUUUCAAAGUAUAUGGUCCAAACGAACUCUCCCAAUGUCUGACGAGGGAGAGGAAAGCGACAGCGGCGAAAGAGCGCGUCUCUCCGAGUCUCCCUCCCCGCCUCUGUCUGUCGGUCUUCCCCGAGGAUCUCCUUCCCUUCCACGGCCCCUGAACCUCUUCUCCUCCGCCUCUCCGCUGCUGGGGGACACGGACCCGCCUUACCUCGCCACUCCGGAGUGUCUUCACCCGUCUCCGGAGAACACGGAACUCGGGGACUCCACACACUUCACACCACCAAAGUUCCGCCGGCGCACCGGGGACACCGGCUCUCCACUUCGGUCUCGGCCGGCUGUGCGGAUAGAUGAGGCGCAUGACCACUACGAUGAGCCUUUUUCCAAGUGGAGAGGACGAGGCGCGGCGAACGCUGAUCGCUUUCAGCACCGCGGACAGAGACUCCAGCGGGCUCCGGAGCUCUCGGACUACGGGAACCACUACUCUGUUGAGCACAUAGACACCGACUUCAACUCUGAAACCCGCCAAACGGUGGAGGCCAUGCACCGCCGGCACACCACACUGAGGGAGAAGGGGCGUCGCCAGGCAGUGCGGGGUCCAGCCUACAUGUUCAAUGAGCGAGGCUCGCCACUCACUGCAGAGGAGGAGCGUUUUCUGGAUGCUGCUGAAUACGGAAACAUACCUGUGGUCCGCAAAAUGCUGGAAGAGUCCAAAACCCUGAACUUCAAUUGCGUGGACUACAUGGGCCAGAAUGCUUUGCAGCUGGCAGUGGGUAAUGAGCACCUAGAAGUGACCGAGCUGCUACUAAAGAAGGAUGGUUUGGCCAGGAUUGGAGAUGGCCUGCUUUUGGCCAUCUCCAAGGGUUAUGUUCGAAUCGUCGAAGCCAUUCUCGGUCAUCCUGCUUUCGGUGGAGGUCUCCGACUGGCUCUGAGCCCUCUGGAGCAGGAGAUGCGUGAUGAUGACUUUUACGCAUAUGAUGAGGAUGGAACACGUUUUUCGCAUGAUGUCACGCCCGUCAUCCUGGCUGCUCACUGCCAGGAGUACGAGAUUGUCCACAUCCUUUUGACGAAGGGGGCCCGCAUAGAAAGGCCACAUGACUACUUCUGUAAAUGUUCAGAGUGUGUGGAGAAACAGAAGAAAGACUCGUUCAGCCAUUCUCGGUCCAGGAUGAAUGCGUAUAAGGGCCUGGCCAGCGCAGCCUACCUGUCACUCAGCAGUGAAGACCCUGUGCUCACCGCCCUCGAGCUCAGCAACGAGCUGGCAAGACUGGCAAACAUCGAGACAGAGUUUAAGAAUGACUACCGCAAGCUGUCCAUGCAGUGUAAGGACUUUGUGGUAGGUGUGUUGGACCUUUGUCGGAACACAGAGGAAGUUGAGGCCAUAUUGAACGGCGAUGUGGAUCAGUGUCCACCGAGCCCCUACAACCGACCCUGCCUCAGCCGCGUCAAACUGGCCAUCAAGUAUGAAGUCAAGAAGUUUGUUGCCCAUCCAAAUUGCCAGCAGCAGCUGCUAACUAUCUGGUAUGAGAACCUGCCUGGCUUGAGGCAGCAGUCCGUUGGUGUGAAGUGCUGGACAGUUCUUGGGGUGACAGUAGGACUGCCCUUCCUGGCUAUCGCCUACUGGAUAAUGCCGUGUAGCAAGCUUGGUCAGAUCCUGCGAAGCCCCUUCAUGAAAUUUGUAGCUCACGCCGUCUCCUUCACCAUCUUCCUGGGCCUGCUGGUUGUCAAUGCUUCUGACCGCUUCGAGGGUGUCAAGAAUCUGCCCAACGAGACCAUCACAGACCAUCCUCGACAGGUGUUCAGGGUCAAAACCACCCAGUUUUCUUGGACGGAGAUGCUGAUCAUGAAGUGGGUGCUCGGUAUGAUUUGGUCAGAAUGCAAGGAGAUCUGGAGUGAUGGGCCCAGAGAGUACAUUAUGCACCUUUGGAAUGUUCUGGACUUUGGCAUGUUGUCAAUCUUUGUGGCGUCCUUCACGGCACGCUUCAUGGCUUUUCUUAAAGCAUCCAAAGCCCAGCAGUAUGUGGACAUGCAUGUGCCAGACGAAGACCUCAGCAACGCCUCACUGCCUGACGAAGUGGCCUACUUUACUUAUGCCAGGAACAAGUGGCGCCCAUCUGACCCCCAGAUCAUUUCAGAGGGCCUGUACGCCAUCGCUGUGGUUCUGAGUUUCUCGCGCAUCGCCUACAUCCUGCCAGCCAAUGAGAGCUUCGGCCCUCUGCAGAUCUCGCUGGGACGCACAGUCAAAGACAUCUUCAAGUUCAUGGUCAUCUUCAUCAUGGUGUUUGUGGCCUUCAUGAUCGGCAUGUUCAACCUGUACUCGUACUACCUGGGAGCCAAGUACAAUCCUGCCUUCACCACGGUGGAGGAGAGUUUUAAGACUCUGUUCUGGUCAAUCUUCGGGCUGUCUGAGGUGAUCUCAGUGGUGCUGAAGUAUGACCACAAGUUCAUCGAGAACAUCGGCUACGUGCUGUACGGGGUCUAUAAUGUCACCAUGGUGGUAGUUCUUCUCAACAUGCUCAUUGCCAUGAUCAACAGCUCGUACCAGGAGAUAGAGGAAGAUGCCGAUGUGGAGUGGAAGUUUGCUCGAGCCAAGUUGUGGCUCUCCUACUUUGAUGAGGGCCGCACCCUCCCUGCCCCCUUCAACCUGGUUCCCAGCCCUAAGUCCUUCUACUACCUGGUCCUCCGUAUAAAGUCCUGCCUGAUUCGCCUCUGCAAAGCCAACAGCCAUCAUCAUAAUGAGCUGGAGAUGGGCAUGCUCAACUCACAGGCCAAAGAUGAACGUUUCAAGUCUUAUGCGCGACCAGGAGAGGAAUUUAUCCAGAGAAAAUCCAGAAAACACCCGACCAGAUAUCAGAACAUCAUGAAACGCCUGAUUAAGCGGUAUGUGCUAAAAGCUCAGGUGGACAGAGAGAGCGAUGAAGUCAAUGAAGGCGAGCUGAAGGAGAUCAAGCAAGACAUUUCCAGCCUCCGCUAUGAGCUCCUGGAGGAGAAGUCCCAGGCCGCUGGUGAGCUGGCUCUGCUCAUCCAGCAACUCGGCGACAAGUUUGGCAAGAACACCAUGAGACACUGACAGGACUUGCAAGAAGGGGAGAGAGAGAAGGAGGGAGGAAUAUGUGAAAGGGGGUGAAAUCAGACGAGGAGGAGGAGGUGGUGGGAGCAGAAAGCAGGGUCAAGCCAGGUAUUUUUAAGACCUCAAUAGCACAAGAGGGAAAGAAAGGCGGGAGAGAGGAAGCAGGAUGUUUAUGAGAUUGGACAGGAUGGAUGGAGGAUGGUGGAGGAGAAGCUUGAGAUAAACAAACUGGGCAACGGCAGAUUUUGCUAACUAAAGGUAAAAGCAGAGUGAUUUGUAUAUGCAGUGACCAAUUAGGGAGAAAUGAGGCAAGAAGAAUGUGACUGCGAUUGAGCAUGAGGUCCAAGGCUCAGAGGUGAAGUAAACUCAGCUAGAGGGGCUUUGUGUUGACAGUUCAAUUCUAAUUAAAGGCAGUGUCUUCAGGGAGUGAGAAAGGAGAGGAAGAAAGAGGCUCGCGGGCUGGGUGAGAGGCAGAGGGAGACAAAUGAGGAGAAGGCAAGCACAGUGAGAUAUGAAAAGGCACCACAGGGCACAGGACUGAGGCAGCGCAGUGAGGAGGGCCCUACAUCCACUGCCAAGAGAUAUCAGUGUAUCACCAACUUGGUAGACAGAAAGAGGGAAACCCAGAGACGGGAGGAUGCAGAGAGAGUCCUGGAAGGGGAGGGGGACAAGUAAGAGAGAUAUCUCUAAAAAACUGCCACUGUUAAUCACACCAGAAAGGCUGGCUUUGCUUCUGUGUCUUCAUGGUGAUGCCUGUCCAGAUACUGCACACACCUUUAUACACCAGGCUAUCUAAUUAAAUACAUUUCCAUCCAUAAUGCACAACUUCUGAUCAGGAGUCAGAGGAUUCAGGAAAAAGCCGGAAAGCAGGAAUUAUGCAGUCAUUUAAGAGUAAAUAAAGAAACUGCUCAAAUAUUUAAAUAUUAUCCUCUCAUCUUAAUGUCACUCAGAGUGUUAUGUGUUGCAAUUCCACAUGAACUGUCUCCAAGAGAUCUAUGUUACAGGAAAAUGUCUUUGUAGGGUUGCAAAAAGGGGUAAUAGAAUCACUCCAGACAGCAUCUCUUUUACCUCAUUCAUCCUGCUGCAAGUACCGGGGAAAUCUUGAAUAAAAUAUAUAAAUAGGAUAUAUGAAAAGUUGAAUUGGAAGAUUUCACAUGAUCCCGCUCUCUUUUUGUUCAAAAUUUAAGUGCUUUGUAUGUUUGAACAACUUUAACCAACGUAUUAAAACGUGACCUAGAUAACUGCUGUGAAUACUCGCUUCUUCUUUGUGCCUUUGCAGCACUAAGGGUCUCUAAAAUAGUCACCAAAAAAUGGCACAUCCUUGAGGAGUUAAAAAUUGAGAAAGGGCGAUCCUUAAUAUAGCACAGUUUGAUAAACUGCUAAUUUUCUGAUAAUAACUGAGAUCUUUUUUCUUGUGCAGAGAGGAAACCUUUACCACCUAUUUACACUAAACAAAGUGCAGAUACAAUUAGGGUGCUAACAUUCUGUUGAGCUGUCGUAUCAGCAACUUUAUCCAUCCUUCAUGUGACUGCAGCCCACCUUUCGAUUUGAAAGUGACAGAUUCCCAUAUAUCUGUCAUUUAGAUUCAGUCAGAUCGCCAAACCUGAACCUAUUCAGGAUUUUAACAACCUGAAUGAGCUAUUAAUAUAUAUAAAUAGAAUGCUUUGGUCCUUUAUUUAUUUCAUGCUUGAUUCCUAAAGUUGAGUGUCUGAUUUGAACAUCCAAUGCUGACUGAACGUCAGUGUUGACAUUUGAGAAAUUCAUGUUUCAUGAGACGGUUUUGGUGUUUUAAAUUUAAUCAAUAGGCUGGAGAAGUUCCUCCAAGAAUCCUGCAGUGGAUUUAGAAAGCUAGAAUACAUGAUAGAGUCCAUUCCAUUCCUUCCAAAACUAAAACGAUAGCACCAAAAAUGACAUAUUAUCAACCUAUAACAUCACAUUGAUAGUAUUUUCUUAUUGUGUGGAUGCUACCAAAUGUCAUUAGCUCCCACAGGGAAGGAUCAGCAGGGGCCUACUCCACCUAUUAAUGUGUUUAGAAGGGUGUCAUUUGUUUUGAUGGAUUUAAAAAGAAAAACAGUUUUUGUUCAUUUUAAUAUCUUCAUCCUUUACGGAAAAAAAAUCUAAAUUUGAAUCUAUCUUUAGUUAGUUAAGAGAAGGUUAAAUGCCUAAACUCACGAUAGGUGUAAUAGGCCCACACAUACUUCUUAACGCCAUUAACAUAGCGUGUUAGUUAUACAUCAGAAGGCUUUAAACAUAAUUGAAAAGUUUGUCUUUUAACAGAUAUGAUUUUUCUCAACCUGUAGUGACCAAAUGUGUUUCAGAUACACAAAUGUUAUUUAGAGCUGGAUUUUCAUUUAAAUCAGUAGUUGGACUUGUGUCUUUAUUUAUUCGUAUUAUGUGUGAGAGCUGCUAAUUAUUUUCUGUGUGCAGAACCAGACAAAUAAUGAGAAGACUCCUGAAGAAUGUUUUCUGAUUCCCCACACUUGGAAAACAAAAUUACCUGAAAUACUGUAUUUUUAAUUUGUACACAAGAAAUGUUAAUUAAAUUGAAAUCUUGUACUGUAUAUUGUCAUAUUUUUGAUCCUUAAAUUAAACAGAAUAAGCUCUAAACUG